AUGGCACCCCCAAGUAAUCUCCAGGAGGCUCAAAAGAAACGGCUCCGUGUCCCUUCAUCGCUGGACGCACUUUACAGCUCGCUUCAAGUGGAGCCCGGUCAUGUGCUGCUCACCAACCAUCCCAGACAUGACAUGAUGUUUGCAGUGGAAUCCGUGGAGCAGAUCAGUGAUGGAUCCACCCUACAGGUGCACGUGCCCAAGAAACGCGUCUUUAUCUCCGCGCCAAACGUCAAGAACAAGGCGGUGGUGUGGUACGCGGGCGCCACGGCCUCCCAGAUCGAGCGUUCCAUCGCGAAGGCCGCGGGACUCGGUGAGGCUCCCAUCGAGUGCCGGGAUGGCGAAGAUGUGGAUGGAAGCAGAAAGCCUUCCGAAGUGGUCUUGGAAAGGGGCGUCGUUACUGGUGAGGCAGAGAAGCCGGGCCCAGAAUCAAGGCAGCUGGUUGGGUUACCAGACCUCAGCUUGUGGGAAAGAUGUUUCGAAGUCUUUGCUACCCUGACAACUGGUGUGAUUUUCAUUGCAAAGCUGUUGAAUCCUUUGUCGCUUUUCAUUGCAUCCUGCGCUUUGCUGUGGAUCGCAUGGGGCGUUUUCCAACUGUUUCGGCAUGGCGGGCGAAUCCUCUCCUCCUGGGGUGUAAGGGUAGAUCAACCCAACUUGAAGCACAGCUUCAUUCUCCCCAGCCUCUUUUCAUUGGUGGCUUUGGGGGCAAUUUGCAUUGGAACUGCGGUGCAGAAUCGCAGCAUCUAUUUCGACAACUGGCAUUUGUGGUUGAUUUUUGCCUUGUAUCCUUUCUAUGGAGUCUUGCAGCAUGUGAUGCUGCAAAGUUUCUUGAUGCGCCAUUUGAGUUGGUUGGUCACUGGCAAAGAUGACUAUUCAGUCCUUCAGGCCUUUUUGAAGGAGCGAAACUUGCGAAAUUUCCUCGCUACCCUGGGUUGCGUCUUGGUUUCAGCCACCGCCUUCGCCAUGGUUCACUGGCCCGACAUUUGGCUGAUGGCUGGCACUGGAAUGAUGGGUGUGCCAUGGGCCGUGGAAUAUUUGCUGCACAGAAAUGUUUUGCCAUUGGGUUUGUAUCAUGGCUUUGUUGGCACUCUGUUCUAUUUCUGGUUCAUGGGCCGUGUCACCGCAUCCUCCCAGCGCCGCGUUCGCAGCACCGGGUCUGGGGAGCUGCGCCGCACCGCCGCGUCGGCGUCGCAGCGCCUGGCGACGACGAAGACGACGUCGAACACGUCGCCAGGGCGGCAGCGCUCGCCGACGCGGAGCCAAAAACUCACGGGAUCUGUGGGAGGCAGUACAACCCCCACGGCGCAUCAAAGUGCACCAGAAGAGCAUUGCCUACACGUGCUGGCAGGGCACACUGGGGCAGUAUUGUGCCUGUGUGGCGUGGGCGAUAUCCUCUUCACAGGGUCGCAAGAUAGUAGUAUCAUGAUUUGGGACCUCAACAACCUGCAGUACAUCGGUACUUUGCCCGGGCAUCGGGGCUUCGUGAAGUGUCUCCAUGCCUCCUAUGCCAAGAAGGUCCUAUGCUCAGGUUCUCAGGAUCGCACCAUCCGAGUGUGGAGCCUGGAAACCUUCUCCACCGUCAAGACGUUGAUGGGCCAUGUAGGUGGCGUCAAUGCUGUCUUAAUACUGGAAAGCCUGGAUCUGUUGAUUUCGGGCUCGGAGGACAGAUCCAUCCGAAUUUGGGACCUUGGCACUUACGAGGUCGUUUCCUGCCUAGAACAAUCGCAUUUGGGCGGCGUGUUCGCGCUGGAAAAAUUUGGUUCUCCUGUGCAGGUGGUUUCUGGUGCGCGCGAUCGUUCACUGAAGGUGUGGGAUACUUCGACUUGGACAGUGAACAAGACACUUCAUCCACCGCACUAUGACGGUGUGACCAGCAUCGCUGUGGCUGCCAAACAUGGGAAAUUCUACUCCGGAUCCCGCGAUAGAUCCAUCAAGGAAUGGGACAUGUAUUCGCUGACCAACACGAUGCACACUCUCCACGUCCACGGUGAUUGGAUUCAGAGUUUGUGUAUGUCGCCCAGCGACGACAUCUUGUUCUCUGGAUCUAAGGAUGGCGUUGUAAAGGUUUGGGAUGGUGAACUUCAGUGCCAGGACGUGUUACAAGGCCACAAAGGCGCAGUCACGGCCUUGGAAACGGUGGGCAACCGACUCUUCUCGUCUUCAACUGACCGCGCGGUGCGCGUUUGGCGCAUUGAUCAGUAUGGCUGA